UACAAAAAAAUUAAAAUUAAAAAAAUUAAAUAAAAACUACGUAGGCUUCACUUGAGCCUCUCCGAUACAACUAACUAUAAUUUUAAAUUAACUUUUAAUUUAUCUGAAACUACACAAAAUACACGACACAAUCUGUUGCUAGGAUACGACGAAUGUUUCGCUAUCUGUCUAACGUCUCUGUGUUCGGCAGCUACAUGGCUUGAGUUGACAAGCGGAUUGAGUUUAAGUAAUUAAUCCGCUUGGACACAUCUCUAAGGGUUGUCAUCAAGCCACGCUCAGCCAUGCCAUAUUUCAAAACAUCUAAAAAAAAUCUGCCAUUGUCAACAUUGCUGGAUAUUAAGUCACAGAAAUCUGGGCCAAGGUGCACAGUUUUCUCCGUCAAUGGAAAUGAAUACACUGGGGAGUGGCUGGACAACAAGAAACACGGGGAGGGAAUUCAGGUGUGGAAGAAAUCUGGUGCUAUUUAUGAUGGAGAGUGGAAAUUUGGAAAACGUGAUGGACAUGGUACCUAUGGUGUGCUGCUCCCAGAAUCAAAGGAGUAUGUGAAGAAGUACCGUGGUGAAUGGAAAAAUGGAAAGAAACAUGGGUAUGGGACUUACUUCUAUAGCUCUGCAGUUUAUGAAGGGGAGUGGAGUGAGGACCAUCGGAGUGGCUGGGGAAGAAUGUAUUAUGAGAAUGGAGAUAUUUACCAGGGAGAGUGGAUGAAGGAUAAGAACCACGGACAUGGCUGCAUCCUAUUUGCAAAUGGAAAUUGGUAUGAAGGCUCUUGGCGAGAUGGCAAGAAGAACGGUAAUGGCAAGUUCUACUAUUUUGACAAAGGCCAACUUUAUGAAGGCUUUUGGGUGGAUGGAGUAGCAAAGUGUGGGACCCUGUCUGAUUUUGGGAGGAAUGAAGCACCAACACCGACGAAGUAUCUAAUUCCACAGCUACACCUGGUGGAUAUGCAGUCGGUUUUAAGGGAAGCCCAGUCAACCUACCUUGAGAGGAUGGACAGCAAGUUUUCAGUCCAUGACACACUCACAGACAGUGAAUAAAAAGAGAAAAUACAUGGCAUGGUGACGCUCAGUAUGUUCAGUUUUGUCCAAAUAUCUACACCCAAAUAGUUUGUUCUUGUCUGUGGAGCGAACCAAAAACAUCUAUUUCUAUUUAAAAUGAGUUGAAAACAAUAGUGAUAUAGUUGUAACAGGUUAAUCCACUUUACC